CCCAUGGUGUCUGCUGCGGUUCGCUCUGGGGAUGGCAGAAUGAGACGGAUGCUCUUGAUACUGCUCUAUGUCUCCCAUUCUUCUGCCAGUUGUGGCAUCCAGAAAAUCAACGUUAUGGAAACUUCCGAGGAGGGUUUGGUCAAAGACAAGGAAUUCCCGUGGGUGGUGUCGCUGCAGGAUUCCCAGUACACCCACCUGGCUUUCGGCAGCAUCCUCAGUGAGUUCUGGAUCAUCAGCAUCGCGUCCGCCUUGCAGAACAGGAAGGACACCAUUGUUAUGGUUGGCAUAGCUAAGAUGGAUGCCAAAGUGAUUGCUCAUGAAGAGUAUCCAGUCAACACCAUCAUCAUCCAUGAGGAUUUUAAUAAUGAGACCAUGAACAAUAAUGUAGCUCUCCUGAAGACAGACACAGCGAUGCGGUUCAGCAACUUGGUCGGACCCAUCUGCUUCCUUGGCAGAAAGCUGCAUAAGCCACCAGCCUUGCGGAACUGCUGGGUGGCAGGAUGGAAUCCCACGUCUGCAACAGGAAAUCACAUGACGAUGAGUAUUCUGAGGAAAAUCUCCGUGAAAGACAUCAACAUGUGUCCCUUACACAAACUCAAGAAAACAGGAUGUGGCAAUCACAUAGAGCAGGAAACCGAUGCUGUCUGUUUGGGGGACCCAGGAAACCCCAUGGUAUGCCAGCUACAGCAACUGAAUCUGUGGGUGCUGAGAGGAAUCUUGACCCAUGGUGGUGACAAAUGCCCUGGCUUUUUUAUGUACAUCAAGGUGGAAGACUACAGCGAUUGGAUUAUGUCCAAGACUAAGAAAACCAGCCGACCACUGUCUUCUUUCCACCACUGGGAGAAUUCGCUGCUUUUGCCCAACUACAAAGCACAUUUCACCAUUACACAAAGAAAACAUUCUGGGCUGGGCCAAGGUGAAUGGUCGCAAGCAUACUCGCAAGGACAAAAAAAGGCCACCAUACAUUCGUUGCCAGCAAACAGCUCUAGAAAGAGUCUGGACAUCAGGGGGAAAAGGUUAAAGGAAUUAGGCAGGUCUUCUGCUGUGGCCGAACCACCCAUGUACUAUGACUAUUAUGGCAGGGACUCUGGGGAGAGUAGAGGGCCUAUUUCGGGUCAGAACAGGUCACAUCAGUCCCAAGAAAUUAUCUUGUUUUUCUUUGUGCUUGUUUUCUUUUGCAAUGGUAGCUAG